AUGGAGAAAGCUAGUGUGACUCUUACUAUUAAGUUCUUGCUCUUACAAUAUCUCUUUGCGUUUUCUAUAGCUCAAGAUUUUGAUUUCUUCUACUUCGUUCAGCAGUGGCCCGGAUCGUAUUGUGAUACGAAAAAAAGUUGUUGUUAUCCAACCACGGGAAAGCCCGCGGCUGAUUUUGGCAUCCAUGGACUCUGGCCGAAUUACAAAGACGGCACUUACCCUUCAAAUUGCGAUCCCAACAAUUCUUAUGAUGAGUCCAAGAUAUCAGAUCUAAUUAGCCGAAUGCAACAAGAUUGGGCUACAUUAGCUUGUCCUAGCAACAGCGGCUCGACAUUCUGGUCACACGAGUGGGACAAACACGGCACGUGUUCAGAAUCUAAUUUGGACCAACACGCCUACUUCAAAGCCGCUCUAAGCCUCAAAUCUAAGUUUGAUCUCCUUCAAAUCCUUCAAAGUGCAGGGAUAAAUCCGGACGGAGGUUCUUACAGCUUGAGUGACAUAAAAAGUGCAAUUAGCAAUGCGAUAGGUUACGCUCCAUGGAUCGAGUGCAAUUCCGAUGCAGAUGGAAGCAAACAGUUGUACCAGAUAUAUCUAUGCGUCGAUACUUCGGGCUCUAAUUUGAUUGCAUGUCCUACUUUUCCUCAUGGAAAAUGUGCACCCACCAUCCAGUUUCCAUCGUUUUGAUAUCGAUGCUUGUUUUACAAUUUUAGAAUUUGUGUUGUUACUACAAUGUAAUGUCUCAUUGACUAUUUGAUUGCAUAUGUAAUGACUUUCGA